AUGGGGAGAAGAAAUGAGAACUGUGGUAACAGCCUACGUGUGUCAAACAUCUCUCAGGAGAACUUAUCUCACUGGAAUUUGGAUUCAGAAGUACCUGUUCCUGAAAAUAGAAACCUCCCAGCUGGAAGGGAUGGAGCAGCAGGUGGCAAAAUGAACAAGAACUAUUUGGAAAUUCCAGUGGAGCAACUGAUGCUAGAACCUAAUUUGUUGGUGAAUAGUCAAAAAAGUACUCAGAAUAGUAAACAAGGGAUUUUUAAAUUAUGGAAUUGUCCUCUUAAUGAAGGAAGUACCAUAGAGAAGAGGGAAUUCAAAACAUCUUCAGUGGAAACUGGCUUUAAUGUAAUCAAUAAUCCUAUAAGGGUCUUCACUCUGAACCACCCAUUAACAAUUGCUUCAGUUGAUAAGCAAGUUGAUCCUUACCCUGGACUGCCAAUGCCAUUAGGUCUCUGCUGGCCCUAUGCUGAUGGAGACUUCUUUAAGAACAGAAAUGAGAUUCAUAUUAGUUCAUGUUCAACUAUAGAAAACAACAAUGGUGAAACAUUACGUGCUCCAAAUUGGAAUUUGAAACAUGGAAACAGCAGUGUGGAAGAAAAUUUAACAGAUGAAAGUGAUUUAUCAGAAAAUGAGAAAGCAAAUGAUACUUUACUCAGCCAUUUUAAAAAGGUGGACCUGAACUUGAAGCCAGAAACAAUAAAAAAUGUUGAGGAACCUUUCACCGAGGAGCCAAAUGAAGUAUUUCCAUAUCCUGAUUUUCUCCCUCCUCCUUUCAGUACUCUAGACUUGCACAGUUUAGCCCUCUCCAAAUCUGACAAUUGGAAAGCGACAGUGGAACCUGCAGAAACCUCUGUUGAACACUUGAUAACUCGUUUACUGGAACUAGAACGAUUACAACGCAUGACUAUUCAGAAAGAGAGGCCAAGACUACAAACGACUUUCUGUACUCCAGCAGGUACUGAACGACCCUCUUCCUCCAAAGCUACACCAAAAGUGAGACAGCCGAAACUUUGUGACUCUUUGAGUCUUCAGAUACCUGGUGUAGAUAAAAGUCAAGAAAAAAGUAAAAACAACUCUGGUUCUUGUAAGCUUGAGCAAAAUGCUUUAAAACGGAAUUGGAGCAAUGCUGACAAAUAUAAAUGGAAUUCUAGACCACCGUCUCUAAAAAGUUCUUCCACCACAAAACAAUUGAUUGAAACUUAUGAUAAGAAUCCCAAAAGUUCUAUUUUAAAUCCAUGCCAAGAACUCUCAUCCAAGCCUAGUAUUGGCCAAACAACUCACUCACUGGUUAAAAUGGUCUCCACAAGAUGUCUGCCAUCGAGGUCUCCAGUGCCGGUUUCACUUAUACUUCUGUCUUUUCCCGAAAAUCAGAAGGAAGAAAUCAAGGCACCGAAGAGAAACUUUGGGAACAAAAACAAACUUUACCGACAAAAUAUAGUGUUGAAUAGACCAUUCUCUAUUCAGAGGCUAAACUGUUUGUCGCCUUCCCUUAUUGCUAAGUGCUGCUCACCCAUUGAACAAAAAUAA